AUGGAAGAAUACAUUCUUGAGAACAGUAGCGGAAUUUGUUCCGAUGAGAAAAAUAAAAAAUGGACAAAACAUCCCAUGGCUUACAGGAGAAAUCCGGCACUUGUUGAAGAUAAAGGAAACUGUGCGUCGCAAGUUAGGUCGAUCUCCAUCAAUUUACCUGCAAGAAAAGUUCAAGAACCUUCGCGCUCAAGUCAAACAUAUCUUCUUAAAAAUAGUCGCAAACAAUACUUUGAUAGUCUUGAGAAAACACUGUACUCAAAUCCAAAAUGUUUUUGGAAACUGUUUAAAUUGAAUUCCAAAUCCAGAAAUAUACCACAGUUUGUUUCUUGGACGACCGUAAACGACCACAAAAUUGCGAACAGUACGAAAUCGAUUGCGGAGUUGUUUAAUGGCUAUUUCGCCUCUGUAUUCACUGAUCAUCUUCACAAUCGCGAAAUGACAGAUACAGAUCCCGCUGAUUUAGGUGAAGCUCCUCCACAAAAUCUAGAUGAACUAAACAUUUCUGAACUUGAAGUCGUCGCGGUUUUAGAAGGUCUUAACCCGGAAAAAGCACUCGGACCAGAUGGUAUUCCUGAUAGAAUCCUGAAAGAAGAAACAGCUCAGCAUAUAGCGCCAACUCUUACCUUGCUGUUCAACAAAUCUCUUCAUUCGGCGGUAUUACCUGACGA